AUGCCCUAUUCUUUCAAACAUGUGAUUCAGCACAGCAGCAAUACAGAGUUACAAAAUAAUUCAACAAGCACAACAACGCGUUGCUGGAAAUUUGAUAAUUCUUCGGUUGUUCGAAGAAAUUUGUUUUCUCAAACGUACAAUGGAGAAAACACAGAAGAUUUCGUCAUCAUCGGAAACGAUCAUGAAGACCACAAACAUGAAAACAUCACGAAAGUGUUGUUCCCUACACCUGAUCUUGAGAAUGAUUUUGUUGCAACAUCGGCUUUUGUGAAAAAAGUAUUGCAGAGAAACAAGGAAAUUCCAGACAAGUCUAAAACAAUGCAAGUCGAUGACGACGAUGUGGUACUUGUAGAAUUUGAUUCUCUUGAUGUUGUAGUAGAUUUGGACGAGUUAUAA